AUGUCUGACUACCCAAUUGUUCCCACGGCCUACGAGCCGAAGGGCAUGAAAUUCCGCUACCUGGGCAACACGGGACUGCAGGUCUCGCUGUUCUCGCUCGGCGGCUGGCUGACCUACGGCGGCACCCAGAAGGGCGACAUUGUGAAGCAGUGUCUCCAGACCGCCUGGGAGCACGGCAUUCAAACCUUCGACACGGCCGAGACGUACGCCAAUGGCGCGUCCGAGGUUGAGAUGGGCCGCGCCCUGAAGGAGCUCGGCUGGCCGCGCGACGAGUAUGUCCUCACAACCAAGAUCUUCUUCGGCACGGGCCGCAAGGAACCCAACACGCGCGGCCUGUCGCGCAAGCACAUCGUCGAAGGCCUCAAGGCGUCGCUUGCGCGGCUGCAGACCCCCUACGUCGACGUGGUCUUUGCGCACCGGCCGGACCCGGCCACGCCCAUGCUCGAGGUGGUCGAGGCCUUCACGCAGGUGAUCCGCAACCUCAACCUGGCCUACUACUGGGGCACGUCCGAGUGGAGCGCCGCCCAGAUCACCGAGGCGAUCGGCCUCGCCGAGAAGCACAACCUGAUCGCGCCCGUGGUCGAGCAGCCGCAGUACAACGCCUUCCACCGCGAGCGCUUCGAGGUCGAGUACGCGCCGCUGUUCCGCCAGCACGGCUACGGCACCACCAUCUGGUCGCCGCUGGCCAGCGGCCUGCUGACGGGCAAGUACAACAACGGCAUCCCCGAGGACUCGCGCCUGGCGACCAACAAGGGCUUCUUCGAGGGCACCAUCAAGGAGCUGCAGAGCGAGAAGGGCCAGGCCAAGAUCGAGAAGGUCCGGAAGCUGACCGCCAUCGCCGAGCGGCUCGGCUACAACGCCUCGCAGCUUGCGCUGGCGUGGGCGGCGAAGAACCCGAAUGUCAGCACGGUCAUUCUGGGCGCCACCAAGGUGGAGCAGAUCAAGGACAACAUCAAGGCGCUGGAGCUGUAUGACAAACUGACGCCCGAGAUCAUGGAGGAGAUUGAGGGCGUGCUGGAGAACAAGCCGCAGGGGGUCAACACUUUCGGACGGAAUCGGUAA